UUCGGUGACACAAUUAAAACAACUUUGUAUCUUCUCGGACUAAAAAGCGUUUAUUGUGGAAUACUCACUUAUCCGAUGGUGUGUUUUGAGCUACGGCAUGCUCUCACUUCAGGGAGGAAAAUGUGACGCUUGAGGAUCAGCCCGUGGAGCCCCCCCCACCCCCCCAGAAAAAGGAUUUACUACGUCGAAUCGCAUCUUUUUCAGGCUGGGGGAAAAAAAGUUUUUUGACCUUUUGCUUCGCUCGGGUUCGAUUCGGUGGAGCGAAGCGGUCGUCUCUGCGUGGUGGUUUUUUUCCCUUCCAUGCAAUCGUGCAGCGUGUCUGUCGCCGUCGCUGCCUGCGCUGCUGCUGCUCGGAGUCUCGGCUCGGCUUCUGCUGGUGGUGAUGAGGAAAAGAAAAUGGCGGCGGGAAAAGCGAGUGAAACAGAGGAGGACUUUCCGACACUGACAGCCCAGGAGAGGGACAGCCUGGCCGGGGUUGACAGCUCAAUGUUUGGAUUUCAGAAGCUCCAUGAAGAUGGCGCCAGAACGAAGGCCUUGUUGAUGAAGGCUGUCCGCUGCUACGAUUCGCUCAUCCUCAAGGCGGAGGGGAAAGUUGAGCCUGAGGUGUUCUGCCAGUUAGGCCACUUCAACCUCCUCUUAGAGGAUUACCCAAAAGCAUUAUCGGCAUACCAGAGGUACUACAGUUUACAGCCAGACUACUGGAAGAAUGCUGCCUUUCUGUAUGGUUUGGGAAUGGUCUACUUCCACUACAACGCCUUUCAGUGGGCGAUCAAAGCAUUCCAGGAAGUGUUGUAUAUUGACCCGGGAUUCUCCCGCGCCAAGGAGAUCCACCUUCGCCUGGGUCUCAUGUUCAAGGUCAACACAGACUAUGAGUCAAGUCUAAAGCAUUUUCAGCUAGCUUUGAUUGACUCCAAUCCCUGCACUUUGUCCAAAGCUGAAAUUCAGUUCCACAUUGCUCAUUUAUAUGAGAUUCAGAAGAGAUACCGGGCUGCCAAGGAGGCUUAUGAAAGCCUUCUGCAGACAGAGGAUCUUCCUGCACAGGUGAAGGCCACUACCCUACAGCAGCUUGGCUGGAUGCAUCAUAUGGUGGAGCAUCUUGGGGAUAAAUCCAACAGGGACAGCUAUGCCAUCCAGUGUCUGCAAAAAUCUCUGGAGGCGGACCCCAACUCUGGACAGUCCUGGUACUUCCUGGGCAGGUGCUACUCAAGUAUUGGAAAAGUCCAGGAUGCCUUCAUCUCCUAUCGGCAGUCCAUCGAUAAAUCUGAGGCCAGCGCAGAUACCUGGUGCUCAAUAGGUGUGUUGUACCAGCAGCAGAACCAGCCCAUGGAUGCGCUGCAGGCGUACAUUUGUGCCGUGCAGCUGGACCACAGUCACGCCGCCGCCUGGAUGGACUUGGGCACACUUUACGAGUCGUGCAACCAGCCGCACGACGCCAUCAAGUGCUACGUCAAUGCCACACGGAGCAAGGCGUGCACCAAUGCCGCUGUGUUGACCCACCGAAUCAAAUGCCUGCAGGCUCAGUUGAGUAACCCCCAGCUCAGUAGCCCCCAGAGUAAAAGUAAAAUGCUUCCUCUUAUUGAGGCGGCAUGGAGUCUACCAAUCCCGGCUGAGCUCACCUCCAGGCAGGGAGGCCUGAGCAGUGCGUCACAGCAGGCCUGUAAACCCAACCACACUGCUGAGGGUGGUGGUUCAGGUCAGUCGCUGCCUCCUCAUGUGGCCGCACUCGGCCAAACAGAGGACCAGUCCUGCCCGGCUAAGAGGAAGCGAGCUCUGAGCCCCGCCAAGGGAGAUUCCUGGGCCAGUAAUCCAGUGCAGCAGCCUGUCCCCAACUGGUACCUCUCUCCACAAAAGUUACAGUUAUUGGAACAGCUGCGAAACAAUCGAGCCAGUCUGAGGCCCCCACAGCUGCAGAUGUUGGAGCAGCUAGAAGCUCAGUUUGCCAUGAUGCAGCAGCACCAGAUGCGGCAGAAUGUGUCAGGAGGUCAGGUGCGCCCCUCCCUACCCAAUGGCCCAACUGCCAAUUCCCUUCCUUCCCCUAACCCUAGCCUCCAUCCCAUGCGGCCCCAUCUGGGACCUCAUCGGCCACUGUGCCCUCCUCAAUCUCUGGCGAACGGGCCUGUGGGCCCCGGGGUACACGGACACUCGGAAUCCCUCCCCAUGAGUGAAAGCAACAGUACUAGUAGUAGUAUUAGUAGUAGUAGUAGUACCAACAGUAGUAGUAGUAAUAAUAAUCAACCGGGGCCCACGGCAAUGGGACCCAAUGGAGAUGUGCCUUACCUGCAACCUGCCGGCAGCGGCGACGCAGCACUGCUACCUCACACCUGCACAAGCACGCAAACACAGGACGCCACGCCACAUCCGGCCCUGCACCUUAACUCCUCUCAGGUGCUCCAGAAGCGGCCUGUUCCUCUUGUGGACUCCAAUAUUGAGGGAACCACCUCUCACUCGCAGACCCCCAACUCCAUUCCCCCCCUUCACCCCAACAAUCGGGUUGGACAUUCCACCAACGCUGCGGCGCCACAGCCGCAGCCAGCACACAACCACCUACCAUCCCCUCCCUCCCUUCCCCCGUCCUCUACCUCAAGUGGGGCAGUACCCGGUGUGUCCGCUACCAAAGAUGGCAACACUGCAGCCACCCCGGUCACGACAGCCGCGGCCAUCGGCAACGGCAGUUCAGGAGGCAAGACGCCGUCGCCGCCGUCAUCUGCGGACAGCAAAGCGGCGCAGUCUAGCGGCCUGGCCAAUCACAUCGGCAAGGUGGCGGAAGGCGGUGAGAAGCAGAGCCUUAGCGCUGACAAUCCUAGUUUAUCUGCCAUGCUGGCGGUGGGUUCCGAGGGAAAGACGGAAGGGACUGUAUCCAGGACAUCGCCCAGCAAAGUCAACAACAUCCACAUCCCCUCCACCCCACACCCACAGGGAAGCUCCGCUGCCUCCUCACCUAUCUCCGCCAUAUCCACCGCCACGCCCUCACCCAAGUCCUCAGAACACACCCAGACGGGCGGCCACAGUCCUGUCACCACUACAUCAACAGCACUGGCCAUUAACGGUAACGGCAAGGGAGGGAUCUCUGAGGACUCUCAAAGCCCACUGAAGGGCGAGCCGCCCGCUGUCACCGACCUCAAGGCCACUCCUCCCCACGGCUCCUCUUCAUCGUCCUCGUCAUCAUCCUCCUCUGUAUCGAUCUACCCCAGCUCCACCGACGUGCUGAAAGCCUGCAGAAACCUAGGAAAGAAUGGGCUUUCUAACAGCAGCAUCCUCCUCGACAAGUGCCCUCCGCCAAGGCUACCCCCUCCUCCCACGCCAGCCCUUCCCAAAGACAAGCUCAACCCACCGACCCCCAGCAUCUAUCUUGAGAACAAGCGAGAUGCUUUCUUCCCACCAUUGCACCAAUUCUGCACAAAUCCCUCCAACCCUGUCACUGUCAUUAGAGGACUGGCUGGAGCACUCAAACUGGACCUGGGCCUGUUCUCCACAAAAACGUUGGUUGAGGCAAACCCGGAGCACUUGGUGGAGGUGUGGACGCAGCUCUCGCAACCCGCUGAUGAGAACUGGGACGUGACGGGGACUAAGAAAAUGUGGCGCUGUGAAAGUGCCCGAGCCCACACGACUAUCGCCAAGUAUGCACAGUAUCAGGCUGCUUCCUUCCAGGAAUCCUUACGGGAGGAAAAUGAGAAGAAGGCACUAAAGGAACCCCCUGACACAGAGCCUGUAGCAGAGAGUGUUGCACGCAAAAGAAGAGGCCCUUUAAAGCACAUUAAGUUUGGAACUAACAUCGACGUGUCGGAUGAAAGGAAGUGGAAGCAGCAACUUCAGGAACUUAGUAAGCUGCCAGCAUUCGCUCGUGUUGUGUCUGCUGGCAACCUACUGAGCCAUGUGGGCCACACCAUCUUAGGAAUGAACACUGUUCAGCUGUAUAUGAAGGUCCCAGGGAGCCGAAUACCAGGUCACCAGGAGCACAACAACUUCUGUGCUGUCAACAUCAACAUUGGGCCUGGAGAUUGUGAAUGGUUCGCUGUACCAGAGGCCUACUGGGGUGUGAUGAGCAACUUCUGUGAAAACAACAACAUCAACUUCCUAAUGGGCUCGUGGUGGCCAAACUUGGAAGACCUGUAUGAGGCCGACGUGCCCGUGUACCGCUUCAUCCAGCGCCCAGGCGACCUGGUGUGGCUCAACACGGGCACCGUCCACUGGGUACAGGCCAUCGGCUGGUGCAACAACAUCGCCUGGAACGUCGGCCCGCUCACAGCACAUCAAUACAAGUUGGCCGUGGAGCGUUACGAGUGGAAUAAACUCCAAAGUGUAAAAUCCAUGGUUCCUAUGGUGCACCUCUCCUGGAAUAUGGCACGCAACAUAAAGGUGUCGGAUCACAAGCUGUUUGAGAUGAUCAAGUACUGCUUGCUGCGGACGCUAAAGCAGUGCCAGUGGGUGAAAGAAGCCUUGGCGACAGCUGGCAAAGAAACAGUUCUGAAGCCCAGAACUAGAGACGAACCGGCCCACUACUGCACCAUCUGUGAGGUGGAGGUGUUCAACCUGUUGUUUGUGCGACGCGAACUCCUGUCCAAGAAGCAGCAUGUGGUUCACUGCCAGGACUGUGCCCGGAAAGGCAGUGCCACGCUGGAUGACUUUGUGGUGUUGGAGCAGCACAGGAUGGACGACCUCAUGCAGGUCUAUGACCAGUUCACAUUAGUCCCUCCUCUUCACUCAUCUUCAUCUUGACAUUAGGAGACCCAUUUCUUCUGCAGUGGAAUUGCGAAGCCAAUUUAAAAAAACCAUAAAAAACUGAAAACGCAUCCAUGUACACGGACCCCUUUCUGAUAUUCAGGAAAGCCAAGGCCGUCUCUCCACCACCUUCGCCACCGCCCCCUCCCCCGCAUGGCAGGUCUCCAUAGCGACGGCUGGAGGCUGAGGCGGCUGCGUCUGUCUAUGCAACCUGUUUGGCGCACAGGCCCCCACCGGACGGGGGUAGCACCGAGCUCGCUCAUAGGACUGUUCCUCCCUCUCUAGUGACAAUGGUUCAGCCCAUUUCAAUGGAGGACUUAAUCAAAAAUGUGUGGGAGCAGGAGGACGAGGGAGAAGAUUCUCUUUUAAUGUGUGAUAAAAUGUUUUGUAGAUAUUAACUGUUCAAAACUGGCUACACCACCUGUAAAAGACUACUGACUUGACCACCUUCCUGCCCCUUUUCUCGCCUUCUCCCCUGCUUACUGGCAUUGAUUUUUUUUCUUAACUCAUUGUCACAAUUGUUUUAAUUUUUUUGGGUAUGUCCUCCUAAGGAGCACUAGCCUACCUUGCUUUCUGUCUACUCUAGAAACGUCAUUUUGACGCUCGACAAAAUCUCCACAAAAAAGUGUAAUGUGAAGAGUAAAGGUGAUUUUGUUUUUAUUCUUCACAGCUUUUAUGUUUUUCUCUGUCCUGUUUCUCCCCAAAAACGAUUUUAUUUCUUAGGUUUAAAAAAGAGAAAGGAAAAAAAAAAAAUCUAGUAAAAAUGUACUAGCCAAGUCACAAAGAAAAUGGGUUGCACAUAGACUUAUGAAAUAAAGUUUAAUUUGUGAUUAUGUUUCAUUGUGUUUCUAAUCUUGAUGUAAAUUUACACUAUUUAUAAAUACAUAUUUAUUGCUUGAAAAUGUUUGUUGAUGGAAUGCUGUUAUUUUUUCCAGAGUACCUGCCAUUAAAUUUGAAGGGGUUUUGUCAUUUUAACAUGACCCCUCUUACAUUUUCUAUAUAUAAAUAAAAUUGCUUAGCAAGCAUUGUACAGAAACGGACAUUUAAAAUUGUUUUAUUGUUUGAAGAAUGUUUUAUGAGUCAAUAAACACAAAGUUGUC